UGUUGACACAAGGAACCGACAUGGAUCAACAGCCCACCAGACCAACAUGGAGCAGACAGAUAGAGUUCACUCUGGCUGGCAUCGGCUGCGCUGUGGGUCUGGGGAAUGUUUGGAGGUUCCCCUAUCUCUGCUACAGGAGUGGAGGAGGUGCCUUUCUGGUGCCAUACCUGUUCAUGCUGGUGGUGCUGGGAAUCCCUCUUCUUCACAUGGAGCUGACUGUAGGACAGCACACAAGGAGAGGGCCUGUCCAUGCUCUGGCCACUGUCUGCCCACUGUUAAAAGGAGUGGGAAUUGCAUCGGUGGCCAUCUCCUUCAUCAUGUGCAUCUACUACAACGUCAUUAUCACCUGGGCCCUCUAUUACCUCUUCAACUCCUUCCAGGCACCGCUACCAUGGCAAAACUGCAACAACACCUGGAACACGCCUAACUGUACAAGUCACGCUACCAACAGCAGCCACUCCUCCACAGCCAGCCAAGAGUUCUUCAAAUAUAAGAUGCUGGAGCAGACUGGUGGAGUAGAGGAUGCAGGAGUGCUGCGGUGGGAUCUUUUCCUCAUCCUCAUCCUGGCCUGGAUCCUCAUUUACUUUUGCAUCUUUAAGGGGGUGAAAUCAACAGGCAAGGUGGUGUACUUUACUGCCCUGUUCCCAUAUGUUAUUCUGAUUGCCCUGCUGGUCAAUAAUGCACAGCUUCCUGGAGCAUUCGAGGGAAUAAAGUUCUUCAUUGUGCCCGUGUGGGAUAAGCUGCUCUCGGUGGAGGUGUGGGUGAACGCUGCAGCUCAGAUCUUUAACUCCAUCGGGAUUGGUUUUGGCUCCCUCAUGGCGAUGUCCAGCUACAAUAACUUCAACAACAACAUUCUGAAGGACACGCUGAGUAUAUCCAUCAUCAACUCCUUAACCAGCAUCCUGGCAGGGUUUGUCAUUUUCUCUGCCUUUGGCUACAUGUCAUAUCUGCAGGGCAUUCCUGUCAGUGAUCUGGCUGUGGAUGGUCCAGGAUUAGUUUAUAUUGUUUACCCACAAGCCUUUGCCAGCAUGCCAGUGGCUCAGCUCUGGGCAGUGUUGUUCUUCUUUAUGCUGCUUUGCCUUGGACUGGACAGUGAGUUUGCAAUGGUUGAAGUGAUGGUGACGAGUCUCAUGGAUCAAUUCUACAAAGACGUGGUUAAUAUUUUCAAGAAAAAGGAAUUGUUUGUUCUCACAGUUUGUCUUGUAGCCUGCCUCUUAGGAAUUCCUUGUGUAAUGCAGGUGGGAAUCUAUGUUUUCCAGCUGAUGGACCAUUACACUGCCAUAGUGUCCAUCAUGUUUCUGGCAUUCUUUGAGGUCAUGGCCAUCUGUUGGAUUUAUGGUGUGAAACGACUUUCAGCCAACCUGGAGGAGAUGAACGGAAACAAAGCAAACAUCUUCUUCAGACUGUGCUGGCUUAUAGUUGCUCCUGUGCUCAUCACUGUCAUCCUGAUUUUCUCCAUCAUUCAGUUCAAACCAGCCCGCUAUGAGCAAUACGUCUUCCCUCCCUGGGCUCAGGGGGUCGGCUGGAUCAUCGCCUUGGCCUCCAUCAUCUGGAUUCCUUUGGGUGCCAUUCACACUUUGUGGGUGCUGCCUGGCUCAAUCGUGGAGAAGUUAAAGCUGUCCCUUACACCGUACGCGCUGAAUGAAAAGUCAAAAAUGCCGUACUAUGAGAGGGGAGGACCAGAAGGAAAUCCAGACAUAGCUGUCAUCAGCCCCGUCUUUGAUCUACCUGAAAAACAUCCAGCUGAAACAUACUUCUGAUACCUCGCUGUUUCGCAUAAUGUUCAACCUGCCACCUAAUUCAGUGGUAGAUUACUGUUAAGCUUUACCUAAUCACAGAUUUUUGAUUAUACAUAAACCUCUGGUCAAAUAAAUGUAACAGAAGUAUGUUACAAGAUUUAUUUACAUGAUUGUGAUCCAUAUCUGCCAUGCAGAUCAUUUAAAAACUCUGCUAUAUUUUGAGUGUUUAGAAUUGGUGAUCACUGCGAGUACCUUCAGUGCACAUCCUUGUGAAAGAGCUCCAAAGGCCAAAGGAGUGGACUUCACACACAUUUCACUGCCAUCAUUUAUGGAUACUUUGCUAAGAGUGCCAUCUUUUGGCCACAGGAGUUCCAACAUGGAGAAGUACAGUACUUACAUUCUAAAAUGUACUGUCACUUUUUAAAAUUUACAGUAUUUAUAGUAUAAUUUUUGUAGUGAUCAAUGAAACCACUAUCUAAUUAUUAUUGCUGACUCAUAGCUUGAGUCAAAUGCAACAUG